UGAAAACUGUUGGAUACGGGUGUAUUUGAUUGAUGACGGUGAUGAGCAUCAGGUUAUAUGUGUGUAAUAUCAGUUCCCCGGUUUGUGGGGACAUUUAACGUCAGCUGGUCUCGGUGGCGUCACCGCGCAUGCGCAGUGGCACAGAGAGAAGCCGGAAAUGAAUGGCGGCGGUGUCAGAGGGAGAAAGGCGAGAACAGCUGGGUGCUCAACACACACACUAACACACACGUGCGCGCGCACGUACACAUGUCAUGGCGGCCGGUGUGAAAGAUCCAAGUGAGAAGUAAUAACAAAAGAAUCGCUGAAGAGAGAGCAUUCGGACACUAGGAGAAAGAGAGAAGAAAGAGAGAUAGAGAGCGAGAGAGAGAGGAUGAAGGAGGUGCAGGGCUGCGGGAUGCGAUGCUCACUGGGCUUCCUGUCCAGCAGGAUGAUGAGCGGCCGUCCGCUGCUAAAGGAGGACUUCCAGCGCCGUAGACUGGCGGGCUGUAACAGCCUCUACCGCCGCGACAUGCUGGGUCACUACGGCUGUGUCAACGCCAUCGAGUUCUCCAACAACGGGGGACAGUGGCUGGUGUCCGGUGGUGAUGACCGGCGUGUGUUAUUAUGGGACAUGGAGAAAGCUCUACAGUCUCAAGCCAAACCAGUCAAACUGAAGGGGGAGCACUUGUCUAACAUCUUCUGCCUUGCCUUUGACAGCACCAAUACACGUGUCUUCUCCGGGGGGAAUGAUGAGCAGGUGAUUCUGCAUGAUGUGGAGCGUGGUGAGACUCUGAACGUGUUUCUCCAUGACGACGCUGUAUACGGUCUCUCUGUCAGCCCUGUUAAUGAUCACGUGUUUGCCAGCUCCUCAGAUGAUGGCCGGGUUCUCAUCUGGGACACACGGGAACCCCCCCAUGGAGAGCCAUUCUGCUUGGCGAAUUAUCCCUCUGCGUUCCACAGUGUGAUGUUUAACCCUGUGGAGCCACGCCUUCUUGCAACAGCCAACUCUAAAGAGGGCGUCGGCUUGUGGGACAUCCGCAAACCACGGAGUUCUCUGUUGCGGUACGGAGGGUCUCUCUCUCUGCAGAGUGCGAUGAGUGUGCGCUUUAACAGUGCAGGGACGCAGCUUCUUGCUCUGCGCAGACGUCUGCCCCCUGUCCUGUACGAGCUGCACUCUCGCCUGCCCAGCUUCCAGUUCGACAACCAGGGCUACUUCAACUCCUGCACCAUGAAGAGCUGCUGCUUCGCUGGGGACCGUGACCAGUACAUCCUGUCCGGCUCUGAUGACUUUAAUCUCUACAUGUGGAAAAUUCCCAAUGACCCAGAAUCAGUGGGUCGGGUGGUUAACGGGGCAUUUAUGGUGUUGAAGGGUCAUCGCUCCAUUGUGAAUCAAGUUCGCUUUAAUCCACACACCUACAUGAUCUGUUCCUCUGGAGUAGAGAAGGUUAUCAAGGUGUGGAGCCCAUACCAGCAGCCAGAGUGUGCAGGUGAUCUGGAGGGUCGAGUGGAGGAUAAGUCUCGCUCUCUCUACACCCAUGAGGAGUACAUCAGCCUGGUGCUGAACAGCGGCAGUGGCCUGUCACAUGACUACGUGAGCCAAUCAGAGCAGGAGGAUCCACGCAUGAUGGCCUUCUUUGACUCUCUUGUGCGGCGUGAGAUCGAAGGCUGGAGUUCUGACUCCGAUUCCGAUUUGAGUGAAGGCGCCAUUCUGCAGCUGCAUGCCAGGGGGCGUGGCCACGCUCGUGCCGCUAACCAUGGCGCUACCACGAAUCAGACUCCGCCCACCGAAACAAUCGGCAGUCGGCAAAGCGACUCGGAUCAUUCCUCUUCCUCAUCCUCCUCCUCGUCCUUACUUUCCCCUCCUGCUUCCGAGAGUGAGCGGGUGGAUCCCGAUACCGUAGGCUCACACAGGCGGAGAAGGGCGGGGUCACGACGAGCAUCCUCAUUCCUAUUGGAUGUGGUGAACGAGGACUCGGAUUCUAGUAGUUUCUGGUUGGACCCGUUGCCUCGCCCGCGUUCUCCGAGUCCGCGUGAGAACUCUAGCCUCUCUAGGACCUCCAGUCCAAGCUCCUCGUCCAGCUCAUCCUCUACCACCUCGUCUAACAGUGAUGGAGAAGAGGCGGAGCUUCAGAGGAGCAGAGUGCGUCAGCAUAAUGCAGCGAGGAAGCAGGGCCGAACGCGCUGGUCAUGCUUAGACUCUGCCCAGUCUAUUCAGAGCGCCACUGAUUACAGCAACUACCCCAAAAUAUCACUGCAUGAUUCAACAUCUCCUUCCUCCUCUGGCGAUGAGAGCCGGCUAGUCAGAUUUGGCAGUAAAAACAAGGGGCGUGGCAUCACCCCUAGCCCCGGCCCUUCUUCAGAGAGCCAUGCAGAAACACAGCUCCGAGGUCGUUGGUUUGGAGUCAUGGACAGGGCUCAGUCCAGAGUUGGUCAAAGGGAAGAACUGGGGGCAGGAAGAAGCAGCGAGGAUGAACUGAACAGCUCAGGGUUGUAUGGAAACUCCAGCGCUUAUGAUGAGACCUGUGUAGACUCAACUCUUCCAGAAUCCUCCGAAGGGGCGGAGCCUGAUGCUAACUCUGAGCCAGCAGGAUCUAGGACUGGAAAACGGACACGUUUCAGAUCCGAACCAGAAGAGGGGGAACCUCCAUCAGAAAAAAAGCUGAAGACGUGAUAACCGUCAAACAUGUGCUUCUUUCGCGUUUCAGUUUCAGCCUGCCGUGUGUUCAGAGACAGAGGCGUAAAAAAAUUACUUUAUUACUUUUAGAUUAAUAACGUUGUCAUGUUUUGGGCAUCCAGAAGGGGCAGCAUUUCAUUUAAAUUCAAGCUUUAUUUUAGGAAGGAAGCUGUGUUUUUAUCAGGCCUGUGUGUGUGUGUGUGUGUGUGUGUGUGUGUGUGUGUGUGUGUGUGAGAGAGAGAGAGAAAGUCUAACAGCAACAGUUUUCACACUAAACACAUAAUGUACACAGUGUUCACGGUACCAGGCUAUGACAUCACCACUGUGUCAGGGGUGGGCAGGGCUUAAUUACACUAGAUUUCCAUACCAUAAUGGUUAUUUAAAUUCUUCAAUCUCACAGCACAGAAAAGUGUGUUACCGAGUUCACCACCAACCCACAUCACAUCAGCUAAUGAUAGACUUGUAGGAGUGUAACUUAGGCUCCACCCCUGAUGCCCCAGAGCCAUGUUCUGACUCUCAGUUGGACUGCAGUAUGUAACUGCACAUCUGCAACCUCACCUGUGUGGUAGGCAGUGGGUGUGGCUUGGAGGUUGCUCAUAGACACGCCCAUCGGUCUGCAGUGCUGUGUAUUCGUGACCCUGAAACAGCCCAAAAGUGUGUGUCAGGGUUCUGGGGUGAACCAACCCCAUAUUCACCUCUGAUUUAUUUUCUGCAUCCUUCAUAUACAGGGAAAUCUCAGAUUAAUUGAACUAAAUAAACUGUGUGACAUUUAUUUUUUCUAAACGACUCUCAGAAAUGAAGGUCAGGGCUGGUGGUGGAGCUUCAGUGUAGCAUUUACCCCUGAAAAGGGGUGGGGUGCCCUUGAUAUUCUCCCCAACUAGGCAGCCUCCAUGUAAAUAGAACAACAGUAUAUCAAUAUUGUGCCUAUGUCGCAAAUGGGUGAUUUAAAUUGUGAUGCUCCCUAUGUUCACACUGGUGAUGUCAUAGCUUUCAGAGUGACACGACUAUAAUGAGUUUAAAGACAAAUCACGUUAAAUAUGUUCCUAUUGAGUUCAAGUUUUGUGUUCAAGUUUAUCUUAUGUUCGUUGUUGAGGUGUUGGAGCUAGCUGUAGUGGAGGAGGCAGGGCUAGCUCUUAGGCAUCCUGUUAGCAC